AUGGAACCGCCCUGGGGUUCAGGUGGCAGAGGUGGUGUGAGGGAUAGAGAGUGGGCCGUCUUCCGUGUUGGCCAUUUCCUCUCUGGAGGUUGCUAUCAGCAUAUAUCUGUCAUUUCCAAAGGUCUGGAACGCAAUUUGAGUUGGCUUAUAUUGGGGAGGAAUUGGGGGGGAUUCUUCGGCUGUGGUAGUGGGUUUGACGCGAAGUCUCUGUAA